AUGUCUCACAGCACUUAUAAUAAACUUUGGAUAAAGGCGCAGGUGCAGCUGCACCACCUACUGGCUGAAGAACAGCGUCUGCAAGCACUGCCACCCGAGCGUAGCAAGAGAGCCUUCCUCCAGCAGCUGAGCACUUUGUACGUUCUGUACAUGCGGAUCUUCCGGCAGCUGGAGGAAGCCCAGGACCAGGUCAUCCACGCACAGAAGAGGCGUUUGAUCUGCGAAAUGCUGGAGGGCGUGAUGGGCCGCCUUCUGGAGCUGAAGGGCGCCAUGAUGGAAGGCGACGCCAGCGAGUUCCACUACAUGGACGACAUCCUGCAGGACAUGAAGCUGACGCCGGCGGACUUGGAGAUCCCCGUGCCUCGCCACUUCCGGGGCGAGCGAGCCGCCGAGCUUCGGGAGAGAGAGUUGAUGCUGCGCGCCGCGCUCGGCCUGGUGGGCGGGGCGUCGGGCGGGGCAGAGCAGGAGGCCGCGCUCGAGCCACAGGAAGGGGCGCGGCCUCUGAACCGCAACGCGGCGGUGCGGGUCCUGCAGGUGGCGGAGAGGGCUCGGCAGGGCCGGUCUCGGGCGGAGUUCGUCAGGAAGGUGCAGACAGAGGAGGAGGCGAUGCGGAGGAGGAGGGGGAGGUCGAGGGCUGUAGAGGAGGGCCCGAGGGAGACCUCGGCACUGUGCAUCCAGAGGAUGUGGAGGGGCUACCUGCAGAGGAAGAGGACCAGGACGGAGAGGGACGAGGAGCUGGUCCUGCUGGGCAUGGCCGCGCCCGGGCACUGCGACGCGUCCUCUAUGCCGCCAAGCGCCGCCGUCAUCCAGGCAGCCGCCAACGAGGCACACCGGCGGGAGCGGCGCAAGCAGAACGAGGCGGAGUACCAGGCGGCUGCUGCCGCGGCAACCCAGGCAAUAAGGGACGGGGAGCUGCGGCACAUGCAGGAGACGGCCAAGGACCUGAUCCGCCAGUGGGUCGCGGAGUGCCGGGACGCCACAGGGGCUCUCCCGGACUACCCAGAGGAGGACGAGGGCGGAUCGGCCCUGAUCUUCGCCGAGCGCACGCAGGAGGAGGCGGGGGCUGGGGCGGAGCUCGCAGCAGACCCGAAGGACACGAAAGACGACGGCGAGGAGCAGGGCUUAAAACUGCCGCCGUCAAAGUUCCUGCUGAGCCUGGAGGCUGCCCAAAAGACCUUUGCAGUAGUCUGGCAGAAUCGGGAGCGGCCCGACAGCCCAACGCAGAGGCACGAUGUAGAGCUGGUCAAGGAGGAAAAGAGGAAGGAGGUGGAGGAAGAGGCCAGGCGACAGGUGGACGAGCACAUGAGGGAGGAGCUGAGCAACCUGAAGAGCGCCAUGGGGGUCGUCGAGGGAGGAGGGAAGGCCAAGGGCAAGGGCAAGGCUAAGGACAAGAAAGGGAAGAAGGACAAGAAGAAGGACAAAGACCUGACGGUGCACAGGAGUGUGGAGUCUCUGUACCAGGAGCUGGCGGAGCAGGGGCUGCUGAAGCAGGCGGACGCCGUGAAGCUGAGGGAUUAUCUGGGCUCCUUCUGCUACCUCGGGACGCCCCUGCAGCAACCCGGCGCCGAGCCGAGGCCGUCCGCGGCAGACGUGCGACAGCUCAUCGCCCUGCACGCCGUCAUACCGCUGGGCUCGCAGGCCGUCAACGAGAAAGCCCUGGCGGCCAAGACCAUCCUCCUCGUGGGGCCCACCGGCGUGGGCAAGAGGAUGCUGGUCCACGCUAUCUGCCAGGAGACGGGGGCCAACCUCUUCGACCUCUCCCCGCUCCACCUAGCCGGCAAGUACCCAGGCAAGAGCGGGCUCCAGAUGAUGCUGCACAUGGUCUUCAAGGUGGCCAGGCUGAUGCAGCCCUCCGUGAUCUGGAUCGGCGGCGCCGAGAAGAUGCUCUACAAGAAGGUGCCCAAGGAGGAGAAGGAAGCAGACCCCAAGCGGCUGAAGAAGGACCUGCCCAAGUUCCUCAAGUCGGUCGCUGAGGACCGCGUCCUGGUGGUGGGAACGGCGCGCGACCCGGCCAGCGCCGACCUCAAGUCCCUCCUCAAGAUGUACGCCAAGGUGUUCGUGCUGCCGCGGCCCGACUACGCCUCGCGGCACCUGCUCUGGAGGCGGCUCGUGGAGCGGGCCGGCGGGGAGGUGACCGGGGCCCUGAACGUGGGCUCCCUGGCCAGGAUGUCGGACGGGUACACGCAGGGCCAGAUAGCGCAGAUGGUCCGGACGGUUCUGACGAAGGCCCGGCUGCGGCAGCUGCCAGCCAGGCCCCUGGAGGCGGCAGAAUUUGUGCCGGCCCUGGCGACGGUGGAGCCUGUGACUCGGGACGAGGAGGAGCUGAAGAACUGGUUCGCUAAAACGCCGCAGGGCAAGGCGCGGAGCGAGGCUGCCGCCGCCCCUGACCAGGUCGGAGCGUCUACAGAGGUACAGAAAGGUAAAAAAAAGGCUAAAUAA